AUGACUGUGGACUUCAGGAAGAGCACUGUCCCCCCGCCCCCACCCUCCGUGAUGGACUCCCCCAUCACCUCUGUGGAGUCCUUCCGUUUCCUGGGCACCACCAUCACCCAGGACCUCAAGUGGGAGCUGACCAUCAGCUCCCUCAUCAAGAAGGCCCAGCAGAGGAUGUACUUCCUGCGGCAGCUCAGGAAAGCCAAGCUGCAGUUCUACACGGCCAUCAUCGAGUCCAUCCUCACCUCCUCCAUCACCUCCUCCAUCACCUCCUCCAUCACCUCCUCCAUCACCUGCUCCAUCACCUCCACCAUCACCUCCUCCAUCACCGUGUGGUUCGCUGGAGCCACAGUCAGGGACAAACAGAGACUACAGUGCAUUGUGCGCUCUGCAGAGGAAGUGAUCGGCCGCAGCCUUCCAUCGCUGCAGGACCUCUCCUGCCCCAGCUCCUGCCCCAGCUCCUGCCCCAGCUCCUGCCCCAGCUCCUGCCCCAGCCUUGGCGCAGUCAUCAUGGCACAGCUGUAA